GUCAUGUUUGUUUAUAUUAGAAAAAGUGCAAGCAAUUACGUUUCUGCUUUUUUUGUUUUAAGGAUUUCUUUAGCGAACUUAAGCAUGGGAAGCAAGUCGGUUUUACCCACAAGGGACCAAGCUUUUAAAGGCAGAGAGGAGAAAAUAGUCGUGGCAGCAAAACAUGCAGCCACAGGGAAGCCCACAGUGGAGCCAUUUCCAGAUGGGACAGAGAUGAUUAUAUUCGGUAUGGGCUGUUUCUGGGGGGCAGAGAGGCGCUUCUGGACUCUUCCUGGUGUGUUCUCUACCCAAGUGGGAUACGCAGGAGGAUUCACCCCCAACCCUACCUAUAGGGAGGUGUGUUCAGGUAUGACGGGGCACACGGAGGUGGUGCGAGUGGUGUACCCUCCUAAAGAAGUAAGCCUGGAGCAACUGCUGAAAGUGUUCUGGGAGAGCCAUGACCCCACUCAAGGUAUGGCUCAGGGAAAUGAUAAAGGCACACAGUAUCGCUCUGCUAUCUUCACAUACAGUCCAGAACAGCAGGAAAAAGCUAUGAAGAGUAAAGAGGCCUACCAGCAGGCUCUAAGACAGAAUGGUCGGGGUGAGAUCACUACAGAAAUCAGAGAGAACACUGUCUUCUACUACGCUGAGGAUUACCACCAGCAGUACCUGCACAAGGUGCCUAAUGGUUACUGCGGGUUAAAGGGCACAGGGGUCACCUGCCCUUUCAACCCCAACAAGGGCGAGCUGUGACUCGGGAGCAUGUCCACUUCUCUAACACAGGUGUUUAAAGCAGGGGCGAGUGAUUAACAAUACAGGAAAUAAAUGAAUGAUUAUAUUUUUACAUGCGAUAUAUUUACACGUGUGUUUUAAAUUAGGAAAUACAAUGUUUAGGAAUAUUCUGGUGUUUUUUUCUGAAUGAUCUGUCUCUCCCUCUCUCUUUCAUGUUUCACUCCAGAUCCAUUUAAAGCUGCCACGUCUACCACAUUAUUCAUAACCUAAUUCCAUAACUGGACAACAUUUCUAUGUACCUAACUUUGAAGGAGUUACAUGUUUCCAGUGUGCAAUCAUUUCUUACUUUGAUUAUCAGAAUUGUGCAUCACAAUCUGAGUCUCAUCACCUGAUUUACAAGUCACUCGUCCGUUCAGUCAGCUGAACGUUAUUCAUGCUGACAUCAUCGUAAAAAAGUAAUAACAAUGAUAAAAAUUCAUUCAGUCGUGACUUUUAGGAAUUCACACUUUUAGAUCUCGGUUAAACCUUUUCCAUCUGGUUUUCUGGAAUUUGGUUCUAUCAAUAUUUAUUAUUUUAUUAUAUUAUAUUUUAAUAGUAUUUACUGUUAAAUUCAUCCAUAAUAGAGGAGUCUGAAGCAGGUUUUGAAUUUCAACCAUAUACUGUAUAAGUCUGUAAAGUGCAUUCAACACUACUACCGUUAUGCUCUCUUCAGGAAUUUCCUAGAAUUUCCUUUGGGAUCAAUAAACCAUCUACUUAUCUAUGCAGAGAUUUAGUUAUUUAACAAGCUGAACUAUUUAUUUAACACUGAACAUAGAUCUAAAAUGUAACCUUGUUAGAACAUGAAGAUACCAUGGAGCUAUGGUGAACUGGAUAGUUUAAGUUAAUCUCAUUAAUUUCAUUUAAUUUAAUUAAUUAUGCUAGGUUGAUGAAGAUUUCAGAAGCAAUGUGAUUCACUAAAGUAGAAAAAUGUCGUGAGAUUUGAUUGAACAGCAUCAAAUUUGCCUACAAAUGUUCUCUCUUCACUUCUAUUUUUUUUUUUUUCAUUUUUCUUUAAAUAAGUUUUUGACAAUAAAGUUCGCUUUGCUAUUUCUCUUUUUUUUUGCUUUAACAUGUAUGAAUCAACCAAUCAGUAACUUGAAAAAAUGAGUAUGGGCAGCUUUAAAAUGGUACAAAAGACCUCUGAUACAUCAGACUAUAAUCUGUCAGGAUGUGAUAUUUUAUUUAUGAUUGAUUUUAAACGUGCUCAAUAAAUGAUCACAAUUAAUUAAUGUGAAA